AUGGCUGAAAGGGUAAAGCUGCACUACUUCAAUGGGCGAGGGAAAAUGGAGUCAAUUCGUUGGUUGCUUACGGCUGCAGAGGUGGAGUUCGAUGAGUUCCAUCUGACCAGUCGGGACCAGUACCUCAAAAUGCUAGAAGACGGAGACCUCAUGUUUCAGCAGGUGCCCAUGGUGGAAAUCGACGGAAUGAAACUCAUUCAGACAAAGGCCAUCUUGAAUUACAUUGCCGAAAAGUACAAUCUGCAUGGAAAAGAUAUCAAAGAAAGAGUCAAGAUCAACAUGUAUGCGGAAGGACUGAUGGACCUCAUGGAAAUGAUCAUGGUAUUACCCUUCACCCAAGACGUGAAGACAAAAUUGGACAACAUUGAAAAAAAAGCAAAGGACCGCUACCUGCCCGUGUUCGAAGAGCAAUUGAAGGACCACGUUUACCUGGUAGGAGGUCGGAUGAGCGUUGCGGAUGUACUGCUGCUGGAAUGUACGCUCAUGCUGGAGGAGAAGUUUGCGGGGAUACUGAAAAACUUUGGUAACGUCAAGUCCUUUCAGGGUCGCAUGCAGUCCCAGCCUGCCAUUUCUCGAUUCCUGCAGCCGGGAAGCAAGAGGAAGCCUCAGCCUGAUGACGUUUACGUGAAAACUGUCCGGGAGGUCUUUGACUUAAAAAUAGUACUGUAA